AUGGCUUCUGGAAGACUAAUUAAGCUUGUGUUUUUUGAGCUUCUCGAGUUUGUUGCUUUCUCCCUUCCCACACUUGUGAUUAUGGAGCAGUUUGCCUCCGCCUAUCAAAGGACAAGGAAUGUAGCUGAGAAAACGCAUUACUGGCUUAUUGUUUCCUGUUCUAUUGCCUACGUGGCUUCAGUGACUCUAUUGAUUUGGGUUCCGGUAAAAGUUCUCUUAUACAAAAAACGUCAUCUUCGAAAAAAAAUUAAAGGAUGGAGGCCUGUUAUGAUGAUGUGUAUAGUACUCACCACACUUCCCAGCUUCAGCUUUUCUAUAGCAGUGACUGAGGUUCAAAAGAACAUUAAUGGUUCCACUGAUGUAUUAGCUGAUACCUUACCGGACCUGCCAGUAUCUCUGGUUCUGACUUCCUUAAUUGUGGUUGAUAUUAUUGAAAAACUCAGGAUAUAUCCUCUCAAAGGGAGUCAAAAGUGUAGUGAAGACAGGCACAUUCAUACCUCCACUUUGCAACAAAUAACAACUGUGACUGAACAAGUGAGGCAAAAAGCAGAAAACCCUGCGCCUCGCCAGGCAGCCAGCAGAACUGAGUUGUCUCAACAUGGAGAAGCCACAACACGGAGCCUGGCUCCUGUGUUAGCGGGACCCGUGGAGCCGUCCUUCGACUCAGAAAUUCUGAGGACAAUGUCCCGGAGAGACGUGCGGGCAGAGAUAUUCCUGUGGAGCUUUAUCUUGUGGUUUGACACAGUUGAAAUGGUGCGAAUUGCAGGUCACUCUGCUGUGUACAAGUCCGGCUGGCUAUAUCCAGUUUACAUAUUUAGUUUUAUUUCUCUGCUUCGAAUUAUAUUCACACCCCAAAACCCCCUUCUAAAUUCCCUGGACAUCCUGCUUCAGGAUUUGCCCUUUAUUUUUGUUAGACUUAGUUUACUCAUUGUCCUGGGGACUAUCACACCAGUACUGGGUCUUUGUAAAAAUGUGUUAGUGACUCUGUCUUAUAUUUACUUUAAUUACUUAACCAAACAGGAAGUUUUCUCUACCUUCCAAACUUCUUAAUUCUAAAAAGAAAGUAUAGUAGAGUAAAAC